GUCCAGUUCGACUAAUAUAAACCAUGGGACGGACAGCCCAGCACGUGUAUUCUCAACGGUUUGGAACGCCCCACGUAACAAGACGAACCGCAAAAGAGCAAGCCUUCCAUUCUAUGGCGUACUAUCAUCCGUCAUGAAACAUCCUGUAGUAUAAGCGUACCAUCUCCCACAUUUCAGACUUCAGCUUGCCUCUCUCAUAUUCUUAAUUACCGGAACAGCAACCCUUCUGGUUUGACAGCACCGUAUGGAGUUUCUUCUUUACAUUGCAAGACCUGCAAAAUAUAUAACCUAUUCUAGUAAUGCCAUUCGACAAUAUUCUUUCUGCGAGCACCAGCAGGAGCAGCGCGCCAUCAGAUAACCCGUUUACUGACGACGAGUUUGUAAUUGAGGUUGGCGUUCCACUCCAAGAUGUACCACGCAUAUCAACGGAGACGACCCGACGUAACGGGUUUCGGCAAUCUGUGGCGCCCGAUCGAGGGACGCGUAUCAUUGAGGACAUCAGGAACGGAAACUACACAUGCUCUAUUUGUACUGAGCCCAUUGUCGAUGGCGCGACCCAGGAAUAUACCAUGUGGCACUGUGCAGACUGCUACAAUGUAUUCCACUUCCGAUGCAUAAGAACUUGGGCCAUGACGAAUUCGAGUUAUAUCCUCCACGGGUUCCGACGUUAUCCGGUAUGGAAAUGCCCGUACUGUCUUGUGAUCCACGGGGAGAAUCCCAAGGCGACGUGUUGGUGCGGCAAACAGCCAUUUGACCCGUGCAACCCCCGCAGCGAUAUACCAAAUGCAUGUCCCAGUCAGUGCGGAAAGACAGGCAUGUGUAAACACGAGAACCGAACAGAGCCAUGUAUGAACCGUUGUCAUCCGGGACCAUGUUUACUCAACACCCUUUUGAAUCUUGAUAACCGAGAGACAAAGGAAAAACUGAAGAGUUGGACGCAAGGGUUGGGAAAGGUCUUCCUGGGUCUCAUAGCUGUAGCUUUCAUCGUUAUUCCUAUUGUAGCUAUUGGGGAAGGUCCUGAAAUCGCCUGGUACAAUCAGUUUCGACAUUCUUGCAACGGCUUCAAUACCAGAAUCCGAAUGGAUGUGCAAGAUUUCAGGAUCCACAGCCUCUCGCCCUCGAUCCAAGAUGAAACAUUCUAUCUAGGGGCUCACUUAAACCCCCAAGUAAACAGCACGGCUCCGUUCCAAUACUAUCACCGGUUUGGCGGUACCACCAGGGAUCACCGAGAUAUUGCUGUAGAUGUAGAUUCCGAGCGUCACUCAUGGCGCAUGCUCUCCCUGGACGGCCCCGACGAGGCAAACAAAUGGAUAGCCAAGACGUCGACCGAGCUCAACAUGGGGUCGUACCCAAAACUCCCUCAGUUUUCCAGCGUGACCGAGACGGAGAUUCACAGCGGCACGUUCAGCCACAGCACGGUUUCCUACCAGCACAUGCAUAUCCCGGAGAUAGAUUUCAUGAUUGGAGGGAUCCAUGACUUCCUCGAGCGGUGCGAGUACGAGCCUUUCCUGCGCGUCUACUCGACCGCCGGGCUGGCGAAGAAAGAAAUGCAACAGAUGGCGAAUAAGUCGUGGUCGAGUCGAUCAGAGGACAGGCUCGUGAUGCGCACCGCCAGUUUUGGACACGGAAGACAGAGGUUGGAUAUGUGUGUUCGAGAGGGGCCGAUACAGCCAACGAAACCUGGUUAUGAGCACAGGGAGGGAAUGGCGGAUGAACUCCUUGUUCCAAUGGCAAUUAUUGCAACGUUGCGGCUGAGGUUGUGGGAGACGGGUAGGAGGGCAUUUGUGUGUUAA